AUGUUGCCGCUCCUCUUCCCCUGUGCCGCUCCAACGCAGCGGGCGAUCCAAUUCGCAAGCGGGCCAACCCACAACUGCCUCGACGGCUGUGUUGCCAAUCCGCACCUCGUGGACGGCGACUGCACCAAGAUGUGGGACCUGAACUGCGGCUGCGCCGCAGAUUCGUCGCCCCACUCGCCGGUGUGCGGUCCUCCUGCCGUCGUGGGCGCUCUCUGCAAUGCGGGCACGAGCGCCAGCCUCUCCUGCCAACCCGGUGCCGGGCAGGGAGCGUAUCCUGACUGCAAGAUCGGCGUCGACAUCGGCUGCGGCUGCGCAAUCAACGAGUUCCUGCCGACGGAGGCGGUGCAGGAGACUGCCUCCGGUUAUGAGGGCGCCAUCAUGACUGCGAAGGCAAGCUCCUUCCUCCUGACGCCGCAACUCGCCCACUGCGCGCCGGUCGAGCAGAUCCCGCCGUGCCCUCCCGGGGGACUGGUGAGUGGGGAUCGCAUCAACAUCUCCCUGCCGUGCUGGCCUGAGAUGCCGGCGAAGUACAAUUGCGAGUACCCCUCGGUGCCUAGCCCGUACUACCUUCCGGGCAAGAACAUCUUCGUGUGCACCCCGUCUUGGGAUCCCAAUUGCGGGUGCGGCUCCGACUUUUCGGCUGCGGCCCGUCUCGUGGGCCCAGUCUUUUAUUCCGAGCAAGUUUGCAAAAACGGGACGAGGCCAAGCAUUUCCUGCCAGCCGGGCGCCGGAGGGCCAGGUGGGUACCCGGACUGCAAAGUCGGCGUGGACACCGGCUGCGGCUGCGCCAAGGACGAGUUCCCGUUGACGUUCGAAGGGGGAUUUCUCGUUCCGCCCGUCUCGUCUGAAAUGUGUGCUGAGGUCUUUUGA